AUGAGUUCUGAAAACCUCUAUACCCUAUUAUCAGAGCUUAAUGCUGGAGAUCCCGUGCAGGAUGAUGAAGAACUUGACGACCCGGACUGGGAUGAGCAUAGUGCGGACUCAUCUGAUGACGAAGACGAAGACACUGACAAUACACCUGGGCGCCAACGAGAGCCGAGUGAUCCACCGCACAAGAUUCGCACACGCAACUUCAGAAACUAUCUAGCACAACAAGGUGACAUCGCUUCUCGGGUCAAAGAAGUACUUGGCUAUAUGCUAGAGAAAAAGCUGGACCUGCCUCUGCUUCUCUGGGCCUUGAGCUGGAAUGUACCUGAACUGAUUGCAGAUCCUCUGGCGAAAUUCGAACGCACUGCACUCAUGAUCAGCGAUGAACUGGGAGACUUGCUCGGAAAAUGGUUCAAGCCUCCUCGUGGACACGGACGCGGCAUCAAGACGAAAGGCGCGGCAAGCGCGAUCAAUACAUUCGCAGUCAGUUGCAUCAAAAAGACAAUACACCGGGAAAUGGCGCGCGUCGGAAAAGUCAUGAGAACGAAGCCCUCGGACCUCUCGGAAGAAGACCUGCUUGCUAUCAGCUGGGAGAAACUACAGGGGAUGAUCCGCAUAGCAGCACCUACGGUCUGGGACCUAUUCCAUCGUUCUGCGUGGACAGCACAACAGGAGAAGAGAAAUAUGCUGAAAAAUCCCAAUUCCAGGCUCUUGGCUGUUUAUUUGAAGAGCUGCGGGACAUCAGCGAAGGCGUUUGACACCCUCCAUGCACUCGGCGUCUCGAUGUCUCAGAAAUGGACUUACCAUAGUCUCGAAGUACUCUCCCUUCGAGCCCGCCAAUCUCUGCUUGAUGAUAUGAAGAAAUACCCCUUCUUCAUGUCCUACGAUAACUUGAACAUGCGCUUUCAAGUGUAUGAACAGCGUGCCGAUCACCAUAGCCACUUCGAUAGCGGAACGGCGGGCACAGUCUAUAUUGUCAAGAAUCCAGAUGCGAUCCCUCCAAGUAAUCCUGCGUUCCAAGAGAAACGCGCUAGUGGAUGCAAGAAACCUAUCACAGCAUCAUUGAUAUUCCAGCUAGAAAUGGACGCCGCACCUCGUCUAACUGCACGUGCUACACACGUUAUCCUCCAGUAUCUCCUUGACGCACCCGAGUUUGGCCUUGACUCAUAUGAGUACAAGGAGAGUCCGCGCCUGCAGCCGCCACCACGUACUCGCCAGUUGAAGUGCGGUAAGGAGCAUAAGACCACAACGUAUAUGCUGGAUACUCUGCAUAUAGAAGAGGCAAGCUACGAGGGAAAUGAUCGUGUCAUGGAUGAGUUCUACACGCAGAUGGGUUUCAACACACCUGAAGAACGCAGGCGUGUAGCAACCGAGACCAUACUCCCUCAUGUCGGCGAUCAGCUCACCAUCUCUCGCAUACGUGGCUUGAAGGGGUUCCGCUAUAAGGACUACAACAGCUGGGAUCGAAAGGACUUCAACCUGGAAAUCUUCGGGUGGUUCCACGGACUCCUGGCAUACGAGCACAACACCCACUCUCAGUACUCCGGCACCCGUGCAGGACUGGGCCUUGUCCAUGCUUUUGAUCUACUGGACAGGCGAGGUCUGCAGUCAACAGCUACUCAGGGCUUAUUCCAUCAUACCUUCGAGGAGGCACUUGACCACACCAUCGAAGCGCACUUCCGUGACAUCUGGUGCACUGUUGGCAAGGUUGAGAAUCUUAGCGGUCUCCGCAAUCUUCCCCCCGAUGCACUGCGCGAUCUUGCGGAGAAGAUUCUGAAGGAUGAAUGGCCUGAUGAUCUGAAGCAAUACGUACGUGAAAACUGCUGGUUGGUGAACUUGACCGGUUUACCGAAUGGGUGGACACCGAUAGAUCAAGUACAGGAGCAUAAUGUUAGAGAUAUCAAAAGCACUUUUGCUGCUAUCGGGCCUGGGGCAACUUGGGAGUACAUCAACAAGGUUUCGGCCUCAAUUCCAGCACAGAGGAACAUCAAGGAUCACGUCGAACGAGAAGUAAAUCAGGGACAGAGAGGAAAAUCACACACGAGUCCGGCAAAGGAAUCCGAUGUCACGAAGUUACAGGCAGCAUAUAGGAACUCGGGUGCUCACAAGAUGACGUCGGGUCGCAUACCAAAGCUCAAACCUCAGGAUAAGUUCUCAGACUUCUUGGCAAAGGGCGCGGCACUGGUAGCGAAAGGAAAGGUGAUCCAGAAGUGGGCAGAGAAGAGGGUGACAAAUCGUUCCACAGCACAAGAUUGGGAUGACUUGUGCACGAGCGUACCGUAA